UCAUUCUUUUACUUCACAAAACCCUACCAUUUUUACAGGGGUGUGUAGAUUUUUUUUUACAUGCAUUGUAUAUCUUCUGUUGUUUCGGGAUACUGGUUUGGAUAAACAACUAGACAACUUGCUACAAUUAGCAGAAGCUAGCUAAAGGUUAUUGGAUGUUAUUCCCAAUUAAAAAUGUGAUUAAACUAAUAAUAAAUAUAGGAAAGUGCAAAAUCAUGAACUCCUCCAUUAUGGAUGCUUUACCCAGUAGCAAAUCUUCUGUAUGUAAUUUAUAAUUUUCUGAAUUAAUGGACAGGAUUAUCAUUAAUUAUCAGUAUGUUUAGUCUUGAGUGUUGCACUCAUUAUAUUGAUGCUGGUCAAUCAUAAAAUAUAGGCAAAAAAUCAGUUUGAAGCUGCUGAUAUUGUGUGUUACAGUGUUAUUUUGGAAGAUCACUGCAGUAGUAUAUGAAUAUGAGAAAUGCAUAAAAAUCUAGAAGCAGCACUAACAGUGCCAGUGUAAGGGGGUUUUUUUUCUGCAACUGAUGACACUCAGUAUCAGAUGCCCUAUAUAGUGUGAGCUGUUUCUCAAACAAAGCAGUUGUGUAAGUGCCUUCAUGUCAAGCAUGAUUUCCAGCUAUAAGUGCAGCAAAACAGUUCUCUUUUAUUAUUGACACUAUACAACCAAGUGAGAAAUAUGGGGAGGGGGAACCAGUCACUGUGCAUACAGUAGUGUUUAAAGUAACUGCUACAUUAUUUGUGAAGGACCAUAUCCUCUCUUGUUAUCAAUUCAACAAUGACUUUCUAAGUACCAGCCAAACCACUGUUUAGUAAGAGAACAUAUAAUUAUCUUUUGUUUACUUUAAUAAGAAGACCUACAAGUGCCUGCACAUUAAGCAUACGCACACACCCUCGCACUAGAAAUAAACCUAAAACCAGCAAGAAUUAUAUUAUCCCAUUCAUGUGCUGUAAUUAAAACAUUAGUAAUUAAUUGCCCUUAACUAACCCAAAAGCUAUGCAAAUGUGGGUGACUAAGAGAGAUGCACAACACAAAGACUUUUAUUCUCCCCUCCUGCUUGCGGGCAAUUUAAGGUUCACCUCUGAAAAUGUUGUUUAGAAUGUGAUGUGAUGGUGCUGUUUCAUUUCAAGAGGUACUUAUCUCAAAGUCAACAUCUUACUUCUGUUUUCCCUGAUGCCAUGCCUCGCCACCUUUAUUAGAUGGUAGCCUGGCAACCACAAGAGUGUGGCUUUAGCAAAUGGCUGAAUUUGGGAUGUGACUGACCCUAUGUAGCCCACCAGCCCUGACCUUCACAGCCAUUUUGGUUCGCUUUUCUCUCCAUGCCCUGGAAGGUGUCAGUGAUAAACAUUACCUUUUUUCGGCAGGUGUGACCAUAUGGAGAGGCCCAUCGCACCAAGGGGGUCACAAACUCAUGCCAUUACCCCCAUUUAUUCCAAUAAUGGCCCAUUACAUGCCACCCAUUGAAAAUGUGUCUGUUUGUGGUCUGUGCGAAAUAAAGGCAAUAAUUAGCUGUGAGACAUGGCGCUGCAUACAGUACUUUUCUAUACUUGGGCUGAGCAGUGUGCCCUGCACUCAGUGAGCCUUCAACCACUAGAUGGCAACAAAGGCAAGCGCCAGGCAGGAGGCCAUACCACUGUCUUUAUGGUGUACUGCAGGAUUCACUUUGCUACCCUAGAGGAGAACAUUGAGAAAAUGUGGCUACAUGGGGCAGAGAUGCACAAGAAUGUUUACUUUUUACACAUGCACAUCUGUUAAAUGUACCUUAAAUGUAUGAUCUGAGAUUGUUAUUUAAUCAGGCUACAAUCACCUAAAACAGCACAAAAUGCACACAAAAAACAUACUAAUUCUUGCUUGUUUGUUAAGGGGCAAACAUUUAUCUUUCUGUUCUAACAUGUCAGUGUGAAUCAGAAUCAAACAACAUAGGCCAGCUUUCUUCUUCAGCUUUCAAUUUAACUAAGUCUGUUUAGGUCAACGAUUUACUGAGUAAAAGCCCACAGAUCAGAUUGUCAUUCACAUGUUCUCUGACCUGUUCUCAUUUGCUCAGUAUCUCUUUCUGUAUUAUUACCAGACCACAUGAUUUUGCUCAUAAAUAUAAUCUUUAGGACAUAUAAGUAAUUACAUUUCUAUUUCUAUGCUGUAACUGCAUGAUGCACAUCUUAUGUUCAUAGUGCAUAUAAUAUGUGUAUUUUGUAAAUAUUACAUUGUGGUGUUGUAUGGUGCCAUUAAGCUGAUUGAUAUAUAAAUGCCAAGAAGCUUUUCUUUUUAUUCAUUUUCAUUUUAAUAAUUAAAUCUAAAGUGUGCUUUGCUACAUGCCAAAUGGAAUAUUUGGAUAGGAUUUUGCUUUCAUUGUAGAGAUGUGUUUAUAUGCAUUGAAAAAAAAGAGAUGGCCAAUUAAGGUCUUGAAGAUGAGUUCUUCAUAGGUCCUUUACAUUUUAUUUUUCAAUUGAUAUCACCUUAUAAAAGCACCCUUUCAGUAUUGAAGAAUGGACAGCAAAUUUGAUUCCCUUCACAGAUGGACUUCAAUCUAUCAUCACAAAUUGUCAUCUUGACCACUUUAGAUGAAAGUUUUCCCCUCUCCACAAAACGUGCUAAUUGCCAUCAUAGGUCCAGUAUAAAGAGUAUAUCUACUGCACAAUUAUCCUGAAAUUUGUCUGCCCAUCUGUAGAAGACACAUUGAAUUUCUUGCUCUUCUUCUCUGCUUUUAUUUUCGAUGUGUUAAUUAAGAGCCUUCAGAAAAAGCAGAUGGGUAAUGUGUGUCUUUCUGGGGUGAUGUCUGGUUCAAGGUGAGUGUUACAACCAUUUUAAUACUGUGGUCUCGUCUCUUUGUAUGGCCGGCCUACCUGGAGUAGAACACUAGCUCAACCUCAAUUCAAAAGCCAGUACUCUCUGGCUGCCCAAAAAGCAGACCCGACUGAGACAUAUACACACAGAAUCCACAGGAAGAAUAUUAUGUCUACAUCCUCAUGAAUCAUAAUAUUUUUAAAGUCAUGAUAUCAGGUACUUAAGACAUUGGGGGAAAGGAUUUUUCUCCUCUUGUGUGCAUGAAUUUCACAAAUUUGAUAAGUAGAGGACCUCUAAUGGAAAGUUAUUCUAAUACAAAUCAGUUGUCUAGUCAUUCCUCAUUCAACACAAUUAUGAAGAACUAAUGUUCAUUACCAGGCAAGGAUUAUUGGAGAAAAUCAUCAGCAUCUCAAUCAGAAAAAGCUUCUAUGAUCUCUUUAAACUGGUGUGAUUCUUUGCUCAUCUUAGAUAGUGAUCUCUAAAAAUGAAAUUUUGAAAGUAAGUUUGGAUAAUCUUGUUGCAUCUUUUAAGUCUAAAUACUCUCCAGGCAUUUGAUUCUUUGUUAGCAGGGACUUUGAAACAAGACUGAUAUAUUCAAGUACAUCAGACAUGGAAGUGAGUGAAAUGGAAUGAAAGCUUUGAAAUGUGAAGUAAGCCCUUGUUAUGCUUUGAUCGUGUGAAGGAUGGCUACUUAAUAUCUUCUUUUUGUGCUACUACUACAGUGAUAUAGCAAAAAUAAUUUUAAUCUAAAAUGAAAUUCUUUUGCAUUUGUUUUUAUAGGUUGUAUCAUAUAGAAACAUAACUUCUAUGACUAUUUUUGGACAGCCUGCUUAUUUGGACCAUGGGGACAGCGAUAUCAUAUUGCCACUGUAGCAGCUCGCAGCCUGGAGAUUUGCAGAUGGUGUGUGAAGGACAGUUGUGCAGACAAAUUGGCGGGUUUAAGGGGAGCAGAGAAGAUGUUGAAUGCCACCAAGGCCGGGGCUGGUCUGAUUUACCAUGUGAAACCAGGAGGUCUGACUGGCAGGCCUGUCAUAUGAUUGGUUCCCCAUGACGGUCUGGCAGAGUCCAGAGUCCAGCAGAGUCCAGCAGAGUCCAGCAUUCUGACAAGAGAGGAUGCAGUAUUCAGAAAUGCGGAUUGCCAAAGUGGUGCAGCAACUUUCCGGCAUUAACUGCAUCCGCCGUCCCAGAACAUGUCGUUGACCAACACAAAGACGGGUUUUUCGGUGAAGGACAUUUUGGACCUCCCUGACACAAACGAUGAGGAAGGAUCUAUCACUGGCACUGAGGAGGAUACGGAGGGCUCGGAGUCGACUAAAACACCUGGAGUGCUGGUGCAAAGCCCGAUAGAGAAUGUCCAAAACCUGCCUUUAAAGAACCCUUUUUACGAUAACACUGACAAUCCAUACACCAGGUGGCUUGCAACUACCGACACCAUUCAAUACUCAUUGCACGGUCUAUCUGCAACCUCUCAGGACUCGUCCGCUAAAUCUCCUGAGCCGUCAGCAGACGAGUCACCCGACAACGACAAGGAAACUUCGAGCAGCGGCAGCGACUCCGGUAAGAAGCGCAAGCGGCGAGUUCUGUUCUCCAAAGCGCAGACGUAUGAGCUGGAACGACGUUUCCGACAGCAGCGCUACCUCUCAGCCCCCGAGCGGGAGCACCUGGCCAGCCUGAUCCGUCUCACGCCUACUCAAGUGAAGAUCUGGUUUCAGAACCAUCGCUACAAGAUGAAGCGAGCCCGUGCGGAGAAAGGUAUGGAAGUGAGCCACCUUCCUUCCCCGCGGCGCGUGGCCGUGCCCGUGUUAGUCAGGGACGGCAAACCGUGCCACGCGCUAAAAACUCAGGACCUGGCGGCCACGUUUCAGGCGGGCAUCCCGUUCUCUGCCUACAGCGCUCAGUCUCUGCAGCACAUGCAGUAUAAUGCGCAUUACAGCGCCGCCGCCACGCCGCACUUCCCCACGGCGCACUUGGUGCAAACGCAACAGUGGACCUGGUGAAGCCGUAGUGACUUUUUUUGUUUUGCCAGGGCUGCGUUUCAAAGACCUCGUUAGAGAGUUUUUUAUUCUCCAACGAAAAUAAAGAAAAGACUGAUUUUCGCAGCUCGACCCAUUCUCGCCGUUUCAUUUUCGGGGCUGAUGUGUGCGCCGUGUUUACAUUUGUUUUCGUUCAGAAAACCGGGUCCAGCCCUUUCUCCCAGAUCCGAGAAUGUUGAAGCUCUUGUGAAAUUUUGUAAAAAUAUUAUUGUGUGUUGUAGAAAUGUUUUCCUUUUUGUCCCUCGUGUUACAAGCACGUACAAGACCACUUUAUAAUUAUAGAAAAUUUUAUUUCUAGCUUUUACGAUGGACCGAAUAUAUUUAUGGCCAUGAAUAAAACAUUGGCAACUUUUAGCUUAUUUUAUUUGGUUUCAUUUUUUUCGUUGUAAAUAUCUGUGUUAAGUGUAUGCAAUGCAGAUAUAUUUGGGCGCUCACCUAGUUAUGAAGACAUAGAUAUAUUCCCUGGAAGGUGGGAAAAAAAUGGAACAGCAGUUAUCGAUAAAUAUCUCUAUAAAAUGUUGACAGUCGUUGCAAAGAGCGUUGAUGAAAAAAUAGGCUACCCCAAUUUUUUUUUUAUAAGACUUUUAAUAAAAAUCCUGUGUUUCAGAAAUUUCGCUUUGGAUUGCGUUUGGUUUUUGACGGAAGAACGGACUGGAUACAUUGCAUAUUAUUUUAGUUUCAUCAUGAUUUUCGUAGAGGGACUCCUUCAUGAACGAAAAAAGAGCGCACGUGCGCUUUUUAUGGAAUGUUUUCAUGAGUCUUUUAUAGAAAGACUACUUUCGAACAAAGUCGCAUGGGUAUGUACAAAUUUGUUCCGCUCUGUUUUCAUAAAGGGCAUUAAUUGCCUCCAUUUUCUGAAUUUAUAUGUAUGGUCACUUCAUCAAUAAGAAGGCUAAAGUCACUUGUGAAAUGGGGUAAAAAUCCACUUACUUAAUAUAAGUGGGCUUCAGCCGUUAAGCAGCCAUUCAUCCGCUAGCUCUCUUCUGUUCUGUGCGGUACUCAACUCGAGCUCUGAAAUGGCAGAUUUACAAGAAAAAUAAAUCAUGCUUGAGUUACUUUCUUCUGUUACUCUGCUUUUGCCUUUAAAGCAUUAUAUUGAGGCUUGCUUGUGCUGUUGGCUAAUUAAGUAUAAGUAAUGUUGCAUGUUUGAUAUACUCUAUAUCUAAUAUUAAAUCCAUAUGACUGCAUAAGGUAAAUCUUUGUGACUGUUUCCAACACAGAAAAAAAUGCGUUUAAAUUAGCUUUUCGAUAGCCUCAGAGAGCGUAAUAAUAUACUGCCCAGAAAGAAAGAAAGAAAGAAGGAGAGAUAUCCGUAGAAGUCUUUCCCCACACGGAGGCUUAUCGUCUAGUUCAAUGUCUGAAGUAGCUAUCAUAUCCAAUAGAAAAAUCUUACUUGGCUUGUUUUCCCCGCAAAUAACAACAGAUGUUAGAGCGACCCCACUAUCAUUAAACAAACUAGUGGAUUGACACACGGUGCUAAUUAUUUACAGAAGUCCGUGUCAUGGGACCAGGGCCUUUUCCCCUAACGAAGGGAUUCUGAGGGCACCAAGUUUUAUUGCGCGCUAAAUCGACAGACUUGUUGAUAUAGCAUUCGUUUUGAUCUAAAUAAAACCUAAACGCGUCGUGAAAUAUUUAAGAGGCCAAACUUUACUAAUAAUUGAGUGAUAUUUUAAUAUGUUGUCUCAUUUGUUUUAAGACUAUGCCCUGCACAUAAUUCUUUAAAAACUGUGUGCAGUGCAAUUGUUUUUGCCUAAAUUACAAAAUAGGCUACGGUUAACAAAUUAUUCAAGCGUUAACAAAUUCAGACAAAU